AUGCAUUACUCUCAGUUCGUCACCGUGGCAUCUGCGCUUGCGCUGGCGCCUACCGCCGUUGUUGCUCGCCAAGCCGCCGCUGCCUUUGUCACAGUCAACUCGAUCGACACUUGCCCUAAAGGUGUGGCCCAGGAAAUCAUCACGCCGGGACCGAAGGUAGUUACCACGCCCUACACUUGCGAAAAGGUCAAGGUCGGUCAUGGCCUGGACGUGUCCUACUACAACUUCGACAUUGAGCCCCUCACCAAGGACACCGUUACUUCCUGCAGGGCUCUCAAGGUCUACGACAACGAAGGUUGCCUGGGCUUCCCUACUCUAUGGAUUCCUCUCGAGAGCCCACUCGAGGACCGGUGCAUCCCUGAACGCUACUUCAGCGACGAAGUGAAAGCCAUCUCGUUGCAGCUCGAUUGCGAGGACCCCCCUGCCAAGAAGGAGUUACCCGGCCCUAAGCAGGUGGCCGAACAACUUGCCCAGCAGGCACCGCAGACAGAGCAUGGUCCUAAGCAGGAGGCUCACCAAGAUCUCAAGGAGGCAGAGGCUGCUCCUAAGCAGGAGGCUCACCAAGAUCCCAAGAAGGCAGAGGCUGCUCCUAAGCAGGAGGCUCACCAAGAUUCCAAGGAGGCAGAGGCUGCACCUAAGCAGGAGCAGGAGCGCGAGCAAGGUUCCGAGCAGGACGAGGAAGAUCCUGAGGAGGCGCCCGAGAGAAAGGCCGCAAACCCUGCUGACAGUCUUGGCCUCGGUGAACUCACAAAAAUGCUCGGUUUCCGGUGA